UUCUUGCUAUCGGUAGGUAGAUGCCGGAGCACAUUUUCAGGUUCCGGUGGCCGUCUGCAUGAUGAGGUCAAGACGUUCCCAUGUUUGGUUCUUCUCCGCAUUCAACGACAAAUCCAAUACUACCCUGGUGCGGCACCGAUCAAAUGGCUGUCGACAGUCUUGAUAUCGUCCAGCUUUGUGCUUCUAUCCGUUUUUCUCCUGUUGUUGACUGCUGAAUGUCAAUUGUCGAGCUAUGGUGUCUCUCGUGGCCGUCGGCAGUCUCCUGCUGGUCUCGUCACUGUGCUCUGGACAGACAAUCACAGCUACUGCUAGCACUUCUACCUACACAAAUCCAAUCUUGAACAGUGUCGGUGCAGAUCCCUGGGUUACUCAUCAUGGAGACUAUUACUACAUGACAUACACAACAAAUGACAACAUCACUAUCCUAAGAAGCAGUCUCCUCACCGAUUGGAACAACGCCGACAUCAAGCUCGCAUUCACACCACCCGAGAACACUUCGUACAGCUAUGAUCUCUGGGCACCCGAACUCCAUCAGAUGAACGGCCUGUGGUACAUUAUUUUCACGGCAGACGUCGAUCCCGAUCAACCUUCCCCAGAGCAAGACAUGUAUUGCGACUUUACCUGUCCGGCAGUCAACCAUCGCAUGUUCGUCCUCGAGUCCACAAGUUCCGACCCAUGGGAGUCCGAGUACAAUUUCAAAGCAGAGCUCGACACAUAUGACCAGUUCGCGAUUGAUGGCACUUACUUCAGCCACUCCACAGGCUUGUACCACGUCUACUCGUGCUGGAAUGGCGCUUAUAUAUCUUGGCCCAGUAUGCUGUGCAUUUCGCGCAUGUCUGAUCCCUGGACAGUAUCGUCACCCUUGGAUCAGCGCGCUGUGAUAUCGCAACCAGACCAGCUGUGGGAGAAAACACCGUACAAUCGCACGGUUAACGUUCGGCUAUCCUCUAACGAAGGGCCUGAACAGCUGGUCAAUCCGACCACAGGACAGCAGUUUAUCAUCUACUCGGCAGCCCGGAGCGACAAUCGGAAUUACUGUCUCGGGCAGCUGGAACUUGUGGGUGACGACCCCAUGGACCCGAGUUCGUGGCAGAAGUAUACAGCUGGAUGUGUCUUCUACCAGAAUCCGGAUGAGGAGGUGUAUGGCGUAGGUCAUGCGAGCUUCACCACUUCACCUGAUAGCACGCAGGAUUGGAUCGUUUACCAUGGCAUGCAUGACUACUUGGAGGGUUGGAGCGCCAGGACUAUACGUGCGCAGCAGUUCGGUUGGAAUACGGACGGAACGCCAGCAUUCCCGAGGCCUGGAAUCGGGCCUUAUAGCGUGCCCAGUGGCCAGAGCGCGGGAGGGACUUCAAGUCUGAGUGCCUCGACAAGUUCAUAUGCAACUUCACCUACAGGGUCAGCUUAUGUUGCACCUUCGCCAGGCUUGGCCGCGACCUCCUCGUGGGGAUCAUGGCGGCACUCAUAUCCGCAAACAUGGCAGACGACGUGAACCUAAGGACUGUCCGGGCAGCAUUUCUUAUACGAUGGCAAACUGAAAUGUUGUCAAAACCAGGGAUGACAUACUCUCAAUAUAUAAGCGGCUGUACAAUCGCCUCGAGAUCUUUGAGCAUGCCUUGUCAGAGACGCCGAAAAGAGGUGCCCAGCUCGCAGAAUUGCCGUGCCUGGAAUCAGGCUGCGAUCAGAACAGCCCUUCCACCAAGUGUCUGACUGCCUUCGAAAUUUGCUCUUCCUCCUCGUUCUUUGUCUUCCCAGGCAUCAAUCCUCCGGUCGCCCUCGCACAGAUGAUAUCAACCUGAUCUUUUCCUACCCCUUUCUCGGUCAGCGUUGUCUUCAGCCCCGAAUCUUGCACCAAUCCUAGGAUUCUAUCGCCCAAGGUGUCGCUGUCUUUCAGAUCAUCUCCUGAUCUCGCC